UUUAUGGCUACCGCACUGAUGGCGUCGAACAGACAUCGAGCCUCGAGUUACCUUUGAAACAACACGAUUUUCGCUGCGUUUGACGGAAGUUUUGUGACAUCUUAAGGCAUUGUGAAGAAGUCCUAAGAGAGAAGUUGUUUCUGCAGAAGAAGUUUGACAAGGGGUUUUUGUGUUGCUUGCGUAUAACGAAUUAACCCAGUGUUGAGUGUCAUUGAGAUGUAGUCGCAGCUGUUUCGAGUUACCUGCCUCUUUCUUGCGUCCCCCUGUUGGCUGGUCUAUGGAGAAGUCACGUCGCCGGAAGCCAAUCUGGCAAACGGCCCCUGACGACCUGCUGAUCCGCGUCUUCAGCUUCCUACCGGCACGAGCGCUCCUCAAUGUGGCCCAGUGCUGCAAGAACUGGUUCCGGGUGGCCAAUGAUGAGUUCCUUUGGAAGGAUCUGUUUUACCGUGCCUGGCAAAUUGACCCGGUUAUCCCCAGAGCUCUGGGCAAGUCGUCGUGGCAGGGCGAGUUUAAGCGACUGGCAUACCACACCCCGGCUCUGGAGAGUGAGGUCAUCAAACAGCACAAUGACCAGGUGCUACACGUCAGCUUCGCACACAACGGCUCUAUGUUUGCCACCAGCUCUAAAGAUGGACACAUCAAGGUGUGGAACACAUCAUAUCCCGUGUCGCUGAGGUUCCAGGAGGACAUGAAGAACUUCACCUGGAAGUACACGCAGUUCUCGCAGUUCAACGAGAGCGACACACUUCUGCUCGUGUCAGGCGUACAUUUUGAGUCAUUGAGUAUGUCGGGUGAGAUUGCUGUGUUCAGCUUGACAGACUCCUUUGAGCUCCAGUGUCGUGUGAUAAACAAACCGUAUGAUGUGUUUGGGACGUGGUACAAUGAGAGUUACCUGCUCUCAGGCAACCUCUACUGGCUUGGUCACCUGGUGUCCUGCUCAGCUCUCUGGCUCAAUAAGGCGUUUCAGGCAGUAGACACUGAGCAGGAAUCUGUGGUUAUGAGGCUCUUUCGAUUCCACAACGUAAAUGCCAGUUCUAUCCGUACCAUCAUGAUCGCCAGCUGCUGGAAUGGUACAGCAGGUCCCCCGGAGGAGACCCUGGAGGUAGAUAUGGCCUCAACCCUACCGCCCUGCCAGACCUGGAGCUGUGACCACAAUAAAGGCCUAGAUGACAACUGUCCCGGAUCCAGGAAAAUGCAAAACAUGCGUUCGUUUGAAAAUGGCGAAUUUCGUUCCAAUAUUCUGGAAGUGGACCAAAAUGAAGCGACGGACAAGCUAAAUGGGACGAUUGAGUACGAUGCUGUUUAUCGACGGGCUGAAAACGCUUCGAAGGAAGAUAGGCAGAUGGAUCAGAACACCGAAUCCGAGGAGAGCAAGCUGAAGACAGAAUCAUUGUCUGUGACAGCGAGCGGAAGUGGGACUAAGGCUGGCACGAGCCGAGCUCCUGAAUGUCCCCACUCCCCGGCUAAAUUCCUGAGGUCCAAUGACAUUUUCCACGCAUCCGCUUCCUCAUCGGCAAAUAUUGAAGAGCCUGUCAAUUUUAGCCCACGAUUUCGGGGCAAAUUCCGUCACCGUUCGUCCAUAGGCUCUGCCCCCUCCCCAGCUUGUGAGCAGACCCCUUCCACCUCUUCCCAGUUCUGUGAUAAAUACUUGAUAUUUACGACGGGCUCAAUGACUUACACCCCGCAUCAGAUUGGUAUCAAGAGAAUCCGCUCGCUAGAGCCUGUCCAGGGAACUGUGUGCCGCACAGAGCACGGCGUUCGCCUCCUGCCAAAUGUCGAUGAAAAUGUGUACGGCAAUGACCCCGUAGGCUACAGUACAGUGGAUCAGCUCAUUAAUCUACACGGCCACAUUAUUGGCAUGAGCUUGUCACCUGACCACAGAUAUCUUUAUGUAAACAGCCGACCUUGGCCCAAAGACUACCGCAUUGAGAACCCGCUGUACCCUCCUCCAAUCGCACAGGAAAUCGACAUUCACGUGAUUGACCUCGUCUACAUGAAGGAAGUAGGAACUAUGCACAGGUCUCACAAAGCCUACACUCCUAAUGAUGAAUGCUUCUUUAUAUUUCUGGAUGUCUGUGAUGAAUACGUGGCCAGUGGUGCGGAAGAUCGCCAUGGGUACCUGUGGGAUCGGCAUUACGGGCUUUGCGUGCGCCGGUACAAACAUAACGACGUGGUCAACGCUGUUGCCUUCAACCCAAAGGACCCCGAGAUGCUGGUGACUGUGAGUGACGAUGCCACAAUCAAGAUCUGGAGAUCCAAGAACAGAGAGAGACAAGUGAAGCUGGAAGACAGAAGCAAGAUGGAGUACGAGACUUGAAUCGUGUUCCCAUGUGUUUGGAGGUCACCUGUGUCAUGAGUUUUGUGUACCAUGAUCCUGACGAAGCUUGCUCAACAGAACUGCCUAUCUGUAAUACUUGCAAGUGCAUGGAUUUAGACAUCUGCGAGAUGUUAAGCGCCAUACACAACUUCCAGUUUUACAGAAUGUUUAAUUUGUAUCUGAUUGGUACUGUUACACCAGACGUAAAACAUCGUAAAUGCAUGUACUUUUGUUGUAUAGGGACUGUGAAGCCAUUGUUACAAGAAAAGGCCCCAUUUGACAAAGUCACCAACGUGUUCUCUUUGUGAUCUUUGUGAAUUCACAUGUAAAUGUAUAUCAAACAACAUCUUUUUGAGUGUUUUAAUUAGAUAUCGUGAUGUCUAAAAGUGAGCGCUCCGAUCAAAUUUAAAAUUUUCAAAUACGUAUUACAAACUAUUAAGGAUAAAAGCCAGGUUCCGGUUUCAUGAAACACACUUGACUAAGUAACCAGCGGGCGUGUUGAGCUUGAUGAAAUAUGGAUGGAUAUUUAUCUCCGGUUGAUCGACAGCUCAGGAUUUUAAGUCACGUGCUAUAGAACCCUAAACAUUCUAAAGGAGUGACUGUUCAGACUAGAAAGGUUAGUAACUGACUGUUUUCCGAAAUCUUACAAUGCUCCCUACCUAGGUGAGUGAAAGCAGUCCAAGACUAUUCGAGCGCCAGAGCAAAUUUCAAAAAGCGACGUGUUGUCAUGCAAGUACUAGUAAGACCUGGAAUAACACCACUUUGUGUAAUUUAGAGACAUGAAGUGCAGUUAGCUAAGCUUCUUAACAGUACAUUGUGAUAGGCUUCAUGGAACUGAACCCUGGUGAUGAUUAAAUAUACAUGGUCUGUCCUGUGGUUAAAAGCAAACGUGACAAAUUUCUCCCAAACUGUAAGAGUACUUUUGUUGUAUAUUUGGAUGUGUGUGCCAUACGUUGUGUUAAAUACGUUGUUGUUGUUGCAGUUGUACGUGUUGAUGGGUUGUUGCGGGGUACCGAGUACAUGUAGUUGAUGUUAGACACAGACAGCUGCCACAAAGCUUCUGCGGGUUUCAACGCGUUUUUGUUCAACGUGAUUUUCUGAAAAUCAAGUAAAUAAAUGACUGAAUGUUUUGACAGGUUUAACACUGAGGAAUGGGGCAUGCAUUGCUGGUGUCAUUCGGGAUUUUAGUCUGCAGGUGCCGCCGCCAUGUUCGUGUCCCGAGUAUGGAACCUAAGUCGGUUCCUCGUCCAUGGGAGUUGAGUGAAUCCGGCGCUAUUUCCAUCAAAAAAGGAACAUAUAUACCACCUACGCAUUUUAAUUUUUUGUUGUUAAAAACAUGCCAGUAUUUGAUUUGCGUCACAUAUUUACUUACGCAUUUUGCUGGAGUUGUUAAUAGCAUUUUUUUGUUGCAGAAUUAUCAAAGAAAACCGCUGCCAAGUACCUUUCCAUUUAAACUUUCAGAUAACACAUCCUUGCCAUUUGUCAUGCUUUAGUAUCAUUUAGAGCAUUGCUUGGCUUAAAUGUGUCCUAGAAGCUUUGCCUUUUAAGUGGAAAUUUACCUGUGGCACUGAUGGCAUCCAGGGGUCCACAGUAUGUGUUAAGCAUCCAUGUUUGGAUAUGUUUUUAGCAUCUCAGACAGAAUCAGCUGUUGAGGACAGGAUGUGAGUUUUGACCGUUUCAAUGAAAAAAAAAAAAUAACAAAAACAAAAAGCAAUCCCAGAAGGCGAAAAUAAGAACGUGAAUGUGGAAGAAAAUUUCGAAGCAUUAUAUACUUCAACAUGACCUACAGGUACCUUGUACUAUGACCUCCAUCCACUGAACGGGUCCAAAAUGCAGCUCGAAAAUGUUCGUGAAACAAAUUCAGUACUACAGAAUAAUUGCCUUAGGAUAGGCAUUGACACGGCGCUACCACAGCAGUCGGACAUACAUGGGCCCUUCAGACUGAAUUUCUCCUAUUUUCCCGCCGAUUAUUCUCAUGUGGUCACACAUUUUGUGGUAUUUUCGCGCCGAUUAGCCCCGUGUGGUCACACAUUUUGUGGUAUUUUCGCACCGAUUAGCCCCGUGUGGUCACACAUUUUGUCGCAUUUUCGCGCCGAUUAGCCCUGUGUGGUCACACAUUUUUUCCUACUUUGCCCGCCGAUUUUCCUCGUGUGGUCACAUAUUUUGUCGCAUUUUCGCGCCGAUUAGCCCCGUGUGGUCAUACAUUUUUUCCUACUUUGCCCGCCGAUUUUCCUCGUGUGGUCACAUAUUUAAGCUACGAUCAUUGUGUUUGGAACUAGGCCUGAAAAGUAUUAUCUUUAGCAUUUAAACUUGGAUGAAAAAAAAUUGAAUGAAUGAGCUAGUUUCUGGAUUAGUAUUAUGAUCUUACUUUUUCACAAGGUUAAGAGAAAGUCGGCAAUAUGCCGAUUAUCCUUAUCCGAUGGUCACACAU